AUGAACAAAUUUCAGAAAGAUAAGCUGAUAAGACAGAUGGUGGAGAAGAGACGGAGAGAUCGAAUAAACAGGAGCCUCCUGCAGCUGAAGGGAUUGCUGCAAAGAGAGUUUCACAGAGACCAGGGCAACUGCAAACUGGAGAAAGCGGAGAUCCUGGAAACAUCUGUCAGCUUCCUGAAGCACUGGCGCUUGUUCAUGACUGCUCCCCCAGCACGGCAGCCCCUGCAAGAUUACAAUGAUGGUUACUCCCAGUGCCUGCAGGAAACCCUCUGCUUCCUGGCACAACAUCACACCAAGAUGGCAGCUUUGCCUGGACUGCUGCAGAGCCUGCACGGAGCAAGUGCAGGGGGUGAGGGGCCACAUGACCCCACCGCCACCUUUCCACAGCCUCCGGCCUGUCAGACCCCGGCGAAGCUGGCACUGACACCGGGCACCAGGACCCUCUGGAGACCUUGGCAGGUCUGA